AUGGAAUAUAUUGACCUUUAUACUAGACUUGACCGUUUCUGGUCGUCUGUGCUGGUUCCAUUGGUUUCUGGGCAAUGGGACCGUUCGUCUGGUUUCUCCGGUGGAGAGAGUCUGCGUCUAGAAGAAACGAAUCCCGCUUUCCGGGUUAGUCGGGAUCCUGCUCAUCAAGCCGAGGAUUCUCCAAGUGGCUCAGUUGGUGGUGUCGAACGGUGA